AUGGGCAAAGUCACGGUAUUCUGCGUCAUAUCUGGCUGCACUCCGGAGAGUGCCAACAACCUCUCAGGAUAUACUGAUUACUACGCGGACAACUACGAAGAUGAACUCGACGAAGACGCAGAAGCGAACCAGCUUGACAGAGAUGAGGAGGACGACUCUGAAGGAAAGCUGGGUCCUCUCGUCUCGCAAGCUAUACGCGAGCUAGCCGAUGACGAUGAAGAUGUCAAUGACGUGACAGUUAUAGGCGACUUCGCCAAAGCGUCGCAGCAAGACACCGGAGGCCGAAUCCCUAAAGACGAAGCACUCAAAGCACCCGACUCAGCGAUCACCGCCCGGCGGCACUGCAAAGCCGGCGGCGACUGGGAGUUUGGCUCCGUCGACGCGCCUGAAAAGGGUGACUACCUCGUCUCGUUUGGCGUACUCAUCAUGGUGGAGGACUUUGCGUUGCCUAUCCUCUACCUCGCGACGCGUGGGCGCAUGACGCCGCAGCGCCUAUGGCGACUAGCGAUGAAUCAGGGGCACUCAGACUUUUCGGGCGCCGGGUCAUCGGGGCUGGAUGAUGUCGAUUAUGGCGAGAUCAACGACGAGCGCGAACAGUUCCCGCUGCCGAUUCCGAACAUGAAAUGUAGAGAGGUGAAAGCCCUGGAGGAAUUAGGCGACGUACAGGCGAUUAAGGAUGCAAUUGCGCAUCGUGGAGGGUAUUGGAUGUGGAUGAGAGCAGAUAGAUUUCCGUUAGACGGUGAACAGAGUGCCCCGUCCGUCGCAUCUCCGGAUGUUCCGCCUAGCGUCCCCAAUGCCCCGACGAUCGAAAAGCUCCCAUUGGAACUCUUUCACAUGAUUGUGCUUUCGGGCCCGAUCACUUCCCUACUUGCCCUCGCCUCAACCUCCCGCACGAUGCGCUCAAUCCUCUUGGGUUCUGAAGCCAACCGCAACACGCUUGCAACCGCGUGGAUCGCGCGAAAUGCGCCGUGGUUCACACCCGCCACAUCGGACCUUGAGCCGGAGUACGAGAUGCACAAGGUUCAGGAUGCAUGGGCGUAUCUGCAGAGGUGCUGCAGGAGCGCUUCGAUGCGGAACAGGGCAAGAAUAUGGAAGGUCGCAGAGAGCAUUGAGGACGUUGCGGAGCAAAAUGGCGUGUGA